AUGUUGUCCGCCCUCCUCUCCUCGACACUGGCCCUCGCCAGCCUCGCCGCAGCCCAGUCCGACAUCUCCCUCUCCCACCCGCUGCAGCAGAUCCUGGCCCACGCCCACAGCGGCCCGCUCUACACCUACCCCACCGACCUCACCCAGGGCAUCGUGCCCAAGAACUUCCACUCGCACAACGACUACUGGCGCGCCAUCCCCUUCUACAGCGCCCUCUCCGUCGGCGCCAUCAGCGUCGAAGCCGACGUCUGGCUGAAGAACGGCACCCUGCACAUCGGCCACGAGGAGAGCGCCCUCACCCCCGAACGCACCUUCUCCUCCCUCUACGUCCAGCCCAUCCUCUCCGUGCUCCGCGCCCAGAACCCCAACUCCUCCUUCGUCUCCUCGCCCCCCACCAAGAACGGCGUCUACGACACCAACGGCGCCCAAACCCUCUACCUCUUCGUCGACAUCAAGACCAACGGCACCACCACCUUCCCCGCCGUCGUCAAGGCCCUCGAGCCCCUCCGCGCCGCCGGCUACCUGACCACCUUCAACGGCACGGGCGUCACCCCGGGCCCCGUCACCGUCAUCGGCACCGGCAACACGCCCCUCAACCAAGUCCAACCCGUCACCCCACGAGACUACUUCUACGACGCGCCCCUCGCCACCCUCAACUCCACCUUCAGCAACAUCACCGCCUCCGUCUCCCCCAUCGCCAGCGUGUCCUUCUCCUCGCAGUUCGGCGCCGUCCGCAAUGCAACCUUCAAUUCCACGCAAGAGGCGUUGUUAAGAGAGCAGAUCUCUACCGCGCAUGGUAAGGGCAUACUUGUGAGAUAUUGGGAUCAGCCUGGCUGGCCGGUGGGGACGCGGAAUGGGCUUUGGAGGAAGCUGUGGGAUGAGGGGGCGGAUUUGGUGAAUGUGGAUGAUUUGGAGGGCGCGGCGAACUUUUGGGAGGGGACGGGUUGA